AUGGGGUCCCGUCGUUUCGAUCUGCACAAAGCGCGCUCUGUCUUGGUGUCAGUGUCACACAAACCGACCGAGCAUUUUGGCGCUGAUGGCGAACCGAAUCUUCGCCAAUGCCACUUCCAUGACAUCGUCGACGCCAGCUACGCGAGCGGCGGGACCAACAUCACCACGACCAGCGAGAUGCUGGCCCUGCACGGAACCACCACUACGCUCACGACCGGGACCAUCCACGACAUCACCUCCACCAGCACCAGCUACGCGAGCGGCGGGACCAACAUCACCACGACCAGCAAGAUCCUGGCCCUGCACGGAACCACCACUAUGCUCACGACCGGGACCAUCCACGACAUCACCUCCAGCAGCACCACGACCAGCUACGCGAGCUGCGCGACCACCAUCACCACGACCAGCGAGAUGCUCUCCACUCGCGAUACCGCUGCCAAGUCGCCGACCAGGAGGAUCGCCUACCUGAUGCAUGGCUACUAUGAGCGCCAACUUCGCCUCGUGUCCGGCGUCGCUUUCGUCUGGCGUGCUCAUGACGACGCCAGCACUACGGUGAUCAAUACUAGGCGGCGGCAGAGCGGUAGGGCGGUGGCGGUGGCAGUGCGGCAGAGCGAUGGCAGUGCGGUGGCGGUGGCGGUGGCAGUACGGCAGAGCGGUGGCAGGGCGGAGGCAGAGCGGCAGGGCGGUGGCGGUGGCAGGGCGGCAUCAGAGCGGUGGCAGUGCGGCAGGGCGGUGCACAGGAGGCAGCGAGUCGAUAGGCUCAAGAAUUAA